AUGAUAUCUUCUGUGCCCCUUGAUGCAAAUGCAACCCAACUCAAUUACCUCCGGAGCACAGUACCCCUAAACAUGAUUGACGCCCAACUGCUGCAGUACCAUUCUGCUGCCGGCGGUUACCCUUCGCCAGUGCAGCAGUCGAAAGCUGUCAUGGGUGGUCGUUCGCAGGCCACCACAGCGGUUGUAGGGUCUGCGGCUGCUGGCAGCUAUGAUUAUCCACAAGUGUGCUACUAUCGUGAGUGA